GUGUGGUGCUUUUUCCUCACUAUAAGAUAGUUAUUUUGGAGUACAUAUACACAUACAAUAUUUCGGCUACAGGACUGUAUCUGUAGGUGUAGUGCUGAUAGUUAUGCAACCUAAAAUUACGAAAAAAAAUAACAGCAUCCGCCUGUAAUAUAUUUAUGUCUAAAUCACGUCGAAAAAAGAUUGUGUUGGUUAGUGUUUCACUUACGUAGAAGAUAAUAACAUUAUUGUGAAUUUAAGUGUAUGUCUAAAUAUUUAAGAUCAACGUGCAGAUAUCAAACACACCCCUCACGGUUAAAUCACACAAUAAGGAACGGGGUGGUGGGUUUGCUUUCUUACAUCUGUACGUCCCGUCGACCCGGGCGGGGAAAUGAAAGCUUAGAAACAACAAUGGGCGAAGUUUGUAAAGAGAAGUCAUGGCUUUCUAUUAUUUGGCGAAUCUGCAACGUUUUCAUGUCUGUUUUCUUCGCUCUUGCCACAUAUGUACAGAUUAAUGAUCCAGACGCAGGGUUAUGGAUGGUUGGUUAUGGAGUUCCUGCUCUCCUGUGUGCAUUCAUUGCUCUGAAGCCUCAUGUGACAGAGACUUUGCCGUGGCGGCGUGUCGCUGACCUCCACGUGAUGGUUUCCAGCGCUGUUGUUGCCAUGUUGGGAUGGAGACUUUACAAAGAGCGAGUCACAGAGAUCUUCCAGCAGGAGGAGGGCAGGGAGUUUUCCGGCCUCAUGUUGACACUUGUUUGGCUUCUCUUGUGUCGUCGCUCUGGAAGGGCUCCAGUCGGGAUGCUCAGAGUCUCAACAGCGUUUGCGAUCACAGUCUUCCCCUUCGUGGCCUGGAUUUAUUACUACAUCAACAAGGAGCUGAGAUCAAACUGGCCUUCUCACUGUAAAACUGCUAUUUAGAUUUCGACUUCCUGCCUUUUUUUGUCUGAUUAAAGAUUUAUUUUGUUAUGAUCUUUGACUGAAAAUCCUGGACCAAGGAUGCUGCUUAAUUAUAAAACAUGUUGUAUUAACAUUCAUUUAAUGAAAUCACAUGACAGCUAAGGUGAAAUGAAAUGGUGUUAUUCUUCCUCCAAUGUUUACCUACAAACUGUGCUGAAUCAGUAUUAUAACUCUGUCUUUCUCUUUAAAGUGCAAUUUAAUGUAAAAUGUUAAAUUUUGUUUUGUAAAAAUAAAAAUAAUUAUAUAAAAAAUCUCCAUUCUACUACAAUAUUUAAAAACAAAAUAGAUUUGGAAAAAUAUACAUAAAAAAUAUUUAUACAACGAUAUGUAACAGUGUAAAUAAUAAAGCUGAUAUAGUAUCUAUGAUUGAGUGUAGCGUAGUAUAAAUC